CGGGCUUUUUUUGCUCAAAAAAAAAAAAAAUAACUGAAAUAAACUCCACUACUAGAUAAAAUGACUUCGGUAAAAGAAUGGGUUGAGGAAAAGAUAAAAAAUAAAUAUAUCCAAUAUUUUGAAUAUGAUGAAUUUAGUCAAAUCGUUGAAAUUGAUAGAGGAGGUUUCGGUAAAGUGAGUAAAGCAAAUUUGGCUAAUACGGGAUUGGUCGCAUUAAAAAUUAUUUUUAGUAAAAAUUCAAAUAUUGGAGAAUAUGAACUUAUUAAGGCUAAUUAUGAGCUUGUCAAGGAGUUAGAACUCCUUCGCGAGAUCGAUUAUCGUCAAAACAUCAAUCGUAUUCUGGGAAUAACAAAAGAUUCUGAGUAUUAUAUAUUGGUGUUGGAAUAUGCCAAUGAAGGAAAUUUAAGAGAUUAUUUGAAAAAAAAAUUUACUUCCUUGAAAUGGAAUGAUAAAAUUCAAAUGGCAUUGGAUAUUACUAAUGGAUUGAAAUUUUUACAUUCCAAAGAUAUUAUCCAUAGAGACUUGCACUCACACAACAUAUUAGUGAAUAAUGGAAAAUUAUUAAUUGCAGACUUUGGAUCAUUUAAAAAGUUGACAGAAGUCACGACCAGUAAAAACUGGAUGGUAGAAUAUAUUGAUCCACAACGUUUUAGGCAUGUCGACUAUAAAAUAAAUAUAAAGUCCGAUAUCUAUAGUUUAGGUGUUUUAUUAUGGGAAAUUUCAAGUGGACGUCCUCCUUUUUCUAACUGUUCGCAAGACACACGAAAUAAACUUUAUCAUCUCAUUAAAGAUGGUCAUAGAGAAGAAUCAAUCAAGGGUACACCUCUAAAGUAUCAAAGACUUUAUCAUGAAUGUUGGGAUGGCGAACCAAAAUCAAGACCCGAUAUCGAAGAAGUACAUGAAAUUUUAUGUCAAUUAAAUACAGAAAAGCUCGGACCGGAAAAAAAUUGGUAUACGGACUGGUUAGAAAAAUCAAUUGCCGAAGAAUUUAUCACAUAUUACGAAUAUUCGGAAUUUAAAAAUCCACAAACAAUAGGGAAAGGUUCAUUUGGAAAUGUCACUCGUGCUAAUUGGAAAAAUACUGAUAAAUAUUUUGCAUUGAAAAGUUUCAAUGAUGAUAAAACAACACUAAAGGAAAUCAUUAAUGAGAUAAAAUUGCAAAAGAAAGUUGAUUUUCAUGAAAAUAUUUUACGAUUCUAUGGGAUCACAAUAACAAAAAAAGCUGAAUACGCAUUGGUUUUGGAAUAUGCUGAUAGUGGUACACUAAAGACUUAUUUACAGCAUCACUUUAAUGAACUUGGAUGGGAUGAUAAAUACCAGUUUGCAUUGCAACUAGCAAGUGCGGUAGCGUGUAUACAUGAAUGUGAUAUUAUUCAUUGUGAUUUGCAUGCUGACAAUGUAUUUGUACAUGAGAAAAAGUUAAAACUGGCAGACUUUGGUUUAUCAAGGAAAAUUGCAGCAUCAAGUAAUCUAAAAGUAUUUGGAGUGAUACCUUAUAUCGAUCCAAAAAGGUUAAGCGAUCAGCAAAAUUAUAAAUUAAAUAAGAAGUCUGAUGUAUAUAGUGUUGGUGUUCUAAUGUGGCAAAUUUCAAGUGGAUAUCAUCCAUAUCCAUCAUAUGAUAAUAAUUAUGACGUAAGUUUAGCCAUAUCAAUAAUAAAUGGAAGAAGAGAAGAAGUUAUUGAGGGGACCCCUGCUGAAUAUAGUAAAUUAUAUACAAAAUGUUGGAAAUAUGAACCAGAUGAACGUCCAAAUAUGCAAGAUGUCGUUUUAAUUCUUAAAGCCUUAAUCUCUCCUGAACAAAAUGAUACAAAAUUUGAUGACAUUUAUAAAGAAGAAAAUAUCUUAUUAGAAAAAUAUAAAUCAAGCUCAAAAUCGAGUGAAGGAAUAGAAGAUAUAAAUAAGAGUUUAUCAGUAGGUUCAGUGGAUUUUGCCACAUUAAAUAAUAUAGAAUCUGGAAGCAAUUCAAGUAUGCAAUAUCAAGUAUCUGUUGCUCGAUCGAAUUUUUUUGAAAAAAAAAGUAGUUAUAAAUUAUAUUAAUUUAAUUUACAGAAGAAUGCUGGGAUGGCGAAUCAAAAUCAAGAUCUGAUGUUGAAGUAGUACAUGAAAUUUCAAGUCGAUUAAAUAUUGAGGAUUCACAAUCUUCACAAUUUAAUUUACCAAAUAUUGAUAACAAUG